AAUGUUCAUAUUUUUGGUUAUGAAGAACCAUAAAAUUAUGGUUAAAUAAGUUAAAUGGUGUACAUGCUCUUAUAUGUGGUGAAGUCCACUGAUGUGAUGCUUUAAAUAAUAACGCUUGAUCAAACGAUGAUUUUCUAUGUGAAAUUAUGCAAUCAGCUUUAGCGGCACCUCUUCGAGCUGCUUUUGAAGCGCUUCAUUUCAGAUAACACUUGAAGCAUUUUUGCCAGAAUUUAAUUGCGACAUUUUACCAUACAGGUUUAAAAAUCCCUUAGUUUUCGCCGUAGACUUUAUUUGUUAUUUAAAAUGUAUUUCUAAAUAGGUGUGUGAGCGGAAAACUACAUUACCAAUAUUCUGCAAAAAUCUCUUUUUAGUGGCUUAGAAUUCUUUAAUGAAAAAUCCUAAUGUAUAAAAAAAUGAUCAGGAAAAAGUGUGGCCGUCAAAGCCCCGCCCCUUCCGAGCCCCCUGUUUAGUUGAAAGCGGCGUUCUACGCGUCGUUUUCAUUUCUGUGGUUCCGAGACCCCGCUAGACUGACAGCUCCUGACGCUCGAGCGGAGUCAUUUCUUCUCUUCAGUGGCUGUUGUCGAAAGGUUGUGACUGUGGAGACCCGCGCCUCUCUCCGGCCUUCAUGUCGAGCCUUUGGGAUUUCCCGCUGCCCUCCCAUAGCCUGCCCAUGUCGGUCCGGCGCUUCUCGGGGGUCGUGGGGCGCUCCGGGUCCGCCGAGCCCAGGGAGCUGUUCGAGGCCUGCAGGAGCGGCGACCUGGAGCGGGUGAAGAAGCUCUUGUGCCCGGUGACUGUGAACAGCAGAGACACCGCGGGGAGGAAAUCCACCCCGCUGCACUUCGCUGCGGGUUUUGGCCGCAGAGACGUGGUGGACUGCCUCCUUGAGCACGGAGCAGACGUGCACGCCCGCGACGACGGCGGCCUCCUCUCGCUCCACAACGCCUGCUCGUUCGGUCACGCCGAAGUCGUCGACCUGCUCCUGCGACACAGGGCCGACGCCAACUCCAGAGACAACUGGAAUUACACCCCGCUGCACGAGGCUGCCAUCAAAGGCAAGAUCGACGUCUGCAUCGUUUUGCUGCAACAUGGUGCUGAGCCAACGAUCCGAAACGCUGACGGGAGGACGGCGCUCGACCUCGCCGAGCCGGCCACCAAAGCCGUACUGACCGGUGACUACAGAAAGGACGAACUCCUCGAGAGCGCCAGAAGUGGAAACGAAGAAAAACUGAUGAGCCUCCUCACGCCGUUAAACGUGAACCGUCACGCUAGCGACGGAAGGAAGUCCACUCCUCUGCAUCUGGCCGCGGGGUAUAAUCGCGUGAAGACAGUGCAGCUGUUGUUGCAGCAUGGAGCCGACGUGCACGCUAAAGACAAAGGUGAUCUUGUGCCUCUUCAUAACGCCUGUUCAUACGGUCACUAUGAAGUCGCUGAGCUGCUGGUAAAGCACGGUGCUUGUGUCAACGCUGUGGACUUGUGGCGAUUCACGCCUUUACACGAGGCAGCUUCGAAAAACCGAGUGGAGGUCUGUUCGCUCCUGCUCAGCUACGGCGCAGACCCCAACUUCCUCAACUGCCAUAACAAGAGCGCCGUCGAUCUGGCCCCGACCGCCCCGCUGAAAGAGCUCCUGGCGUAUGAGUUCAGAGGUCAUGCUUUGCUGCAGGCGGCACUCGAGACCAUCAACUUUAAGCACCCUCUAACCCAAGAAACCGCUCUGCAUUGUGUCUCCACGUCGCCCUAUCCCAAAAGGAAACAGAUCUGUGAACUGCUGCUCAGGAAAGGCGCCAACGUCAAUGAGAAGAAUAAAGACUUCCUCACACCUCUGCAUCUGGCCGCUGAGAAGUCCCAUAACGACGUCAGAAGUGCUGGUGAAACACGAAGCGAAACUGGCUAUAAUAAUCUGGAGGUGGCUGAAUAUCUGCUGCAACACGGGACAAAGGUGAACUCUCAGGAUAAAGGUGGUCUCAUUCCUCUCCAUAAUGCUGCAUCUUAUGGGGCAGAUGAUGUCCGAGCUCUCCUCACGGCAGCUCUGCCGACCUCCUUUAAACCCCAGGUUAUCAGCGUCUCUGCGUCUGUGACGGUGGGGCCGUCGACUCUCAACUCCAGUCCAAAGCCGCUCUCUUCAAACAGCCAGUCCGGGACCUUCCCUGAACUGAGCGCUCUACUACUACCACCUUCUGGAGCUGAAGGAGCCAUAGGCAUAGAGAUGAAAGAGGAGGGUCUAGCUGUAGAGUUGAGUAUCAGCCAGUUUCUUCACAACCUGGGAUUGGAGCAUUUGCUGGAGAUCUUUGACAGAGAACAGAUAACUCUGGACGUCCUGGUGGAAAUGGGCCACAAAGAGCUGAAGGAGAUCGGCAUCAGCGCUUACGGUCACAGACACAAGAUCAUCAAAGGAGCGGAAAGACUUAUUAGUGGACCUCAGAGUUUAAACCCUUACUUGACCCUGAACACGACCAACAGUGGAACGAUACUGAUAGAUCUCUCUCCAGAUGAUAAGGAGUUUCAGUCGGUUGAGGAGGAGAUGCGGAGUACGAUAAGGGAACACAGGGACGGCGGUCAUGCGGGAGGGGUUUUCAACAGAUACAACAUUGUGAAGAUCCAGAAGGUGUGCAAUAAGAAGCUGUGGGAGAGAUACACCCAUCGCAGAAAGGAAGUUUCUGAAGAGAACCACAACCAUUCCAAUGAACGCAUGCUUUUCCACGGGUCACCGUUCGUAAACGCCAUCAUUCACAAGGGCUUCGACGAGAGGCAUGCGUACAUCGGGGGAAUGUUCGGGGCUGGGAUCUACUUCGCUGUAAACUCUUCCAAAAGCAACCAGUACGUUUACGGAAUAGGAGGAGGGACGGGUUGCCCUCUUCACAAGGACAGGUCCUGCUACGCGUGUCAGAGGCAUCUUCUGUUCUGCCGUGUGACUUUGGGGAAGUCUUUCCUGCAGUUCAGCGCGAUGAAGAGGGCCCACUCACCCCCAGGACACCACUCGGUCACUGGCCGGCCCAGUGUCAACGGUCUCGCUCUGGCUGAGUACGUCAUCUACAGAGGAGAGCAGGCUUAUCCUGAAUAUUUGAUCACGUACCAGAUCAUCAAACCGGACGUUUCUUUAGAUUAACACACAAGGAGCAGAAUAAAACAACGCUCUUUCCAUCUCAGAGGAGAGAAAAUGCUUGUUUACUGCACGCUUUAUUUAUACGAUGUAUAAUUCUUUUAUUUCAUUUGUCUGCUUUUGUCUAAUUUACAGCAACUUAUUAAUCAAAUUCAUUCAGUCAGUCACUUACACUGGUUAGAAAACUUCCAUUUCCUUGAACUUAUUUAUUUUACAAAUACAACUGUAUAUAUAUUUUGUACUAACUGCUUUAUUGGCAUUCGUAUCAUGAGAGUUUUACGUCUGAGUUGUAAACGUUUGCCGCUAAUGCUGCAGUUUUCAAUGUGAAUACAGGGUCUUUUAAAGGUCAUUUGGUGGCAUCAGACCAGUUGAAAAGCAUCCGGUAUUCAGUAUAAAAGAUAUCUGGCAGAACAGGAUGAGAUUUAAUCCAAGUAUCGGAUUAUUUUAGUGUCCUCGUCUGUUGUUGCUGUCCAAAAAAAGAGACAGAGAAGACAAAAAUCCAUUUUUGUUUUAUUCUCACUCUGCAAUGCAUUGGUGCUCGACUGAAUAAUUUCUGGGUUUUGAUAUGAAAAUGCCAUUUUUGUCACAAUAGUACCCUGUCGUGCAUGAACAGGUCAAGUUUUCCUCUUGUGAUCUCUGAGGUGCGUUUACUUUGUCGAUAACAACAGCGUCGAUAGCAUUAUAUGCAAUUAAAGAGACGCUUUUUAUCAUU